UCGACGUGUAGGGGGGGAAAGAGCAACACGUUGAGCGACCCUAGAACUCCUCGUAUCAUUCCUCAGUUGUAGUAAAUAUUGUCGAACGUGGCUCUCUGCAGAGUGACCACUGCUAAUCACCACACGAAGGGCGACCGACAUCUCUGUCGAUUCUUGAAGUUCCAUGCCCCUGCGCCUCGGGCGGGAGGCCACAACCGGCCCACACGCGAAGACUCCCAACCCACGCCCUCUCAACGACUAGCUCAGCGUCCACUCCAGCUCUAUCACUCUAAAACUUCACCAUGGAGUUCUUCAUCGAUGACUUGCCAAUACUCUUCCCCUAUCCGAGGAUCUAUCCGGAGCAAUAUGCUUACAUGUGCGAUCUUAAAAAGACCUUGGACGCAGGGGGUCACUGCGUUCUCGAGAUGCCCUCGGGAACAGGAAAGACUGUGUCGCUGCUGUCGCUUAUUGUCGCCUAUCAGCAGCACUACCCCGAGCACCGCAAGCUGAUCUACUGCUCUCGUACCAUGUCGGAGAUUGAGAAGGCUCUGGCCGAACUGAAGGCCCUCAUGAAGUUUCGAGCGGGGAAACUAGGCCAUGACGAGGACUUCAGGGGGUUGGGCCUCACAAGUCGAAAAAACCUGUGUCUGCAUCCUUCUGUCAAGCGGGAGAAGAGCGGGACCAUCGUGGAUGCACGCUGUCGCAGUCUGACUGCUGGUUUUAUCAAGGAAAAGAAGGAGAAGGGCGAGAAUGUGGAAGUUUGCGUUUACCACGAUAAUCUCGAUCUUCUUGAGCCUCAUAACCUCAUUCCAAAUGGAGUCUGGACUUUUGACGGUCUCCUGCGGUAUGGCGAGCAGCACAAACAAUGCCCGUAUUUUACCGCUAGACGCAUGAUGCAAUAUUGCAACGUCAUCAUCUACUCGUACCACUAUCUUCUGGAUCCUAAAAUCGCCGAACGCGUAUCCCGAGAACUUUCCAAGGACUGCAUCGUCGUUUUCGACGAAGCACAUAACAUCGACAACGUCUGCAUCGAGUCGUUGAGCACGGAUAUCACCGAAGAUUCUCUCCGAAAAGCCGCAAGAGGGGCCCAGAAUCUUGAAAGACGAAUCAGUGAAAUGAAGGACACAGAUCAGGAACAACUGCAAAAUGAGUACCAGAAGCUUGUCGAAGGGCUAAGGGACGCCGAUGAAGCCCGGCAAGAGGACGCCUUCAUGGCCAAUCCAGCAUUGCCGGAUGAUCUUCUGAAAGAGGCUAUCCCUGGCAAUAUCAGGAGAGCGGAACACUUCGUAGCAUUCCUCAAGAGGUUUAUCGAAUACCUCAAGACACGCAUGAAAGUUCGCAACACCAUUUCCGAAACACCACCGUCCUUUCUCGCGCAUUUGAAAGAGUUCACCUUCAUCGAGAGGAAACCGCUGAGGUUCUGCGCUGAACGUCUCACAUCGCUCGUACGAACCCUCGAAUUGACCAACAUCGAAGACUACCAGCCCCUGCAAGAGGUUGCCACCUUUGCUACCCUGGUCGCCACAUACGAGAAAGGCUUCGUACUCAUCUUGGAGCCUUUCGAAUCAGACACUGCCGAGGUUCCCAAUCCGGUUCUGCAUUUUGCAUGUCUUGACGCCGCCAUUGCCAUCAAGCCCGUUUUUGAUCGGUUCAGCUCAGUCAUCAUCACAUCAGGCACUAUGUCUCCUCUUGAGAUGUACCCGAAGAUGCUCGACUUCCCGACCGUAGUGCAAGAGUCGUACGCCAUGACCCUGGCAAGGCGCUCAUUCUUACCACUGAUAGUCACCCGCGGCAGCGACCAGGCCUCCGUGUCGACCAGCUUCCAGGUCCGGAAUGAGCCAAGCGUUGUGCGUAACUACGGCAGCCUCCUAACGGAGUUUGCCAAAAUCACCCCAGAUGGCAUGGUCGUUUUCUUCCCCUCAUAUCUUUACAUGGAGUCGAUCAUCAGCAUGUGGCAGGGCAUGGGCAUCUUGGACGAGGUGUGGAAGUACAAGCUCAUUCUCGUCGAGACACCCGACGCACAGGAGACGUCGCUCGCCCUGGAGACGUACCGUACGGCCUGCUGCAACGGCCGCGGCGCCAUUCUCCUCUGCGUCGCCCGAGGCAAAGUCUCCGAGGGCAUCGACUUUGACCACCAGUACGGCCGGGCGGUGCUCAACAUCGGCGUGCCCUUCCAGUACACCGAGUCGCGCAUCCUCAAGGCCCGCCUCGAGUUCCUGCGGGAGACGUACCACAUCCGCGAGAACGACUUCCUCUCCUUCGACGCCAUGCGCCACGCCGCCCAGUGCCUCGGCCGCGUCAUCCGCGGCAAGGACGACUACGGCGUCAUGGUCCUCGCCGACCGUCGCUUUCAGAAGAAGCGCAACCAGCUCCCCAAGUGGAUCAGCCAGAGCCUCCUGGACGUCGACACGAACCUGAGCACCGACAUGGCCGUCAGCUCGGCGCGCCGCUUCCUCAAGCAGAUGGCCCAGCCCUUCCGGGCUAAAGACCAGGAAGGCGUGAGCACCUGGACCUACGAGGACCUGAUGAAACACAAGGAGAAGAUGGAUUUGGAGCGCAUCCGCGAAUUGGAGGCUCUGGGCGACGAGGGCAAGGGUGACCAAGCUGAGGCUUCAGAUGACUACGGGAUGGCGGACGGAUUGGAUGAAGAUUUCAUGGAAAUCGAUGAUGACGGCUUCUAAGACGGAAGUCGGCACUAAUAGGGAAAGGGGGGGUUUCCAGUCUAGCCAGCCCCAAUGGCGGAAUUUCAUUCAGAUGAUGCCGUCUGAAUUAAUCUAUCAUGUAUUCUAUCCGCACCUAUCGUCACAGCUUAUCCGUAAUUUUUUCAUGGUGAUGGGGAAACGAGCGCUCUCAUGUCAAUGACGAGAAAAGCGAU